UCCAUACUACCGUGAAUCAGAAGUAUUACAGGCGGGCUUUCGUCGCUGCUUUUGAACUGUACUUCUUAAAAAAAUAACUGUUAGCACCAUUACAGUUCAUACAUAUAUAUAUUAUACGAAUUAAGCGAUUUCUGUACGUCGAAUCAAAGUAAAACGAGGGCCUGCUUCCCCUCAGACACAGAGGCCACCAUGAAGCUGACGGACAAUGUGCUGCGGAGCUUCAGAGUUGCUAAGGUGUUCCGAGAGAACUCAGACAAAAUUAAUUGUUUCGAUUUCAGUUCAAACGGAGAAACGAUUAUUUCCAGCAGCGACGACGACUCAUUAGUCUUAUACGACUGCCAAGAGGGAAAACCAAAGAGGACUCUCUACAGUAAAAAGUAUGGAGUGGAUCUGAUUAGGUACACACAUGCUGCAAACACUGUGGUCUACAGUUCCAACAAAAUUGAUGACACAAUCCGGUACCUGUCACUUCAUGACAACAAAUACAUCCGCUACUUUCCUGGACAUAACAAAAGAGUGACAUCUCUUUCCAUGUCUCCCGUGGACGACACAUUUAUUUCUGGCUCAUUAGAUAAAACUAUCAGGCUGUGGGAUCUGCGGUCACCUAACUGCCAGGGUCUGAUGCACCUUCAGGGGAAGCCAGUGUGCUCCUUUGAUCCAGAAGGUCUCAUUUUUGCUGCUGGAAUAAAUUCAGAGAUGGUUAAACUUUAUGAUCUGCGGUCGUUUGAUAAGGGUCCAUUUGCAACCUUCAAGCUUCAGUAUGACCGAACGUGUGAGUGGACAGGACUCAAGUUCAGCAACGACGGGAAACUCAUUCUUCUUUCUACGAAUGGCGGAACCCUUCGCAUCCUGGAUGCCUUUAAGGGCGCUGUACUGCAUAACUUUGGGGGCUACAACAACAGUAAAGGUGUAACGCUGGAGGCCUCAUUUACCCCGGAUUCUCAGUUCGUUAUGAUUGGCUCUGAGGACGGAAAGAUCCAUGUUUGGAACGCAGAGAGCGGCAUGAAGGUGGCUUUAUUAGAUGGGAAGCACACAGGACCAAUAACCUGCCUCCAAUUCAACCCCAAGUUCAUGACGUUUGCAAGCGCCUGCUCCAACAUGGCGUUCUGGCUCCCCACCAUCGACGACUGAUGACAGCAUAGUGAAGGCCUUUGUUGAAGGCUGAAGUGACCAGCAGGGGGCAGCACAGCCAGCUCUGUCAAUUUCUACAGGAAGUGCAGCCUAUUCAGCUCAAAUUGUAAAUAAGUAGUCUGCAGAAAUAGAUACUUUGUCUAUUCUUUUUUAUAUUUCUAUUUAAAAUUAAACUUUUUCUUUGUAAAGAUGUUGA